AUGGUGCAGAAAGCCUUUGGUGAUGAGGCUAGUGAGUUUCAAGCCGACCGUGAAAGUGUCGAAGACGAAGAGCGUCCAGGGCGACCAUCAACCUCAACUGACGAAGCUCACGUUCAACAAAUCAAAGAUUUGGUGUUGAAAAACCGUCGAUUAACAGUUAGAGAUCUUGCUGAUGAAUUUGGCAUAUCGAAGGGCUCAGCCAAUACCAUUUUCAAGGAUGUUUUGGGCCUCAUGCGCGUCAAAUCUCGACUGAAGCAAUGUGUAACAGGCUUGCUGGAAGUCAGUAAAAGCAAGCCUGUUAGUACAGCACCACAACCAUCCAAUGUAAGUGUUGAUGAAGUAUACGAAACGGAUAAUGAUGAACUAACUAAAGAAACUGAGUGGAUACUCAAAAAGAAUGAGGCUUAG